AUGGGGAAGCUCACGCUUGUGUUGGCGGUGCUGGCGGCACUGCUGGUUCACGGCGCGUUCGCGGAGGAGCAGGAAUUCCUUCCCGGGCAGCCCAAGGAGAAAUUCCGGGGCACUGGAGGACGCGUGGAGGUGUGGAGCGAAGAUUUCAAGCAGCUGGAGGCGGCUGAAGUGGGGGCAGCCAUGCUCACGGUGGAGAGCCAGUCGCUCGCGCUGCCCUCCUACGCUGAUUCCGCCCAGGUGGGCUAUGUGCUGAACGGCGAGGCCAUGGCAGGGCUCAUCAGCCCUAUGGGCGCUCCUACCACCGUCAGGCGUCUGAGGGAGGGUGACGCGUUUGUGGUGCCGAGGGGGUGGGCGCGGUGGGUGUGGAACAACGGGCAGCAGCCGCUGCGCAUGGUCACUCUCGCAGACACCUCCAAGGGCCCUUGCCCCUGCCGCUACACGCCGUUCCACCUCAUGGGCGCGCAGAAGGAGGGCUUCGGAGGCGUGCUGCAUGGCUUCAGCAAGGACCUUCUAGCCCACGCGUGGGACGUGGAGGAGAAGGACGUGCAGCAGCUGCUGGACGCACAAAAGGAAACGUCCUUCGUGAAGGUCAGCCCUCAGCUGCGCGCAGAGCUGGAACAGCUGGUCACCAGGCUUGAGCAGACCGAGGUGCUGGAUGAAGAGGGAGAGAUUGGAGAGGAGACUGAGGCGUACGGGGGCAAUGACCAGCCACACUUUGGCAAGGGGGCGAAGCGCAGUGUGAGCAUCUUUGCGGAGUUCACGUACAACCUCAAGACCCGCCAGCCGGACAUCUACGUGAAGCGCGGCGGCACCGUGACCAUGGCGAGCGGAUACAAGCUCCCCGCGUUCCGCAAAGUGGGCUUUGCAGUGGCGCGCUUCAGCCUGGAGGGCAACGCCAUGACGGCGCCACGAUGGCUGGCGAAUGCGGCUGCGAUGCUGUAUAUCACCAAGGGCAAGGGCCGUGUGGAGAUUGCCUAUCCCGACGGCAGCCAGGCGCUGCGCCAUGAUGUGAAGCAGGGUGACUUCGUGGUCGUGCCUGCUAGCUACCCCCACGCUGCUCUGGCAUACGGAGAGGGUCUGGAGUGCAUCGCCAUGAUUCCCAAGAGCCGCCCGCAGGCGGGGUUCCUGGCGGGGGCGAACUCGGUGUUCCGCAUGCUGCCUCGCACAAUCCAGCGCGCCGCUUUCAACGCCGAUGAGAAGCUGCUGGAGAAGCUGCGGGCUACCAGGCAGAGUGAGUUUGGCAUCCUGCCGCCCAGGAAGAGCAAGGGAGAGGGGGAGGAGGAGAUGCCGAUGCUCAUUGAGCAGGUGGUGGGCUUCUGA